UUUUGCCAUAUUAAAGAAAUACUCAUACUUCAAAUGGCUUGUAAACAAAGAAUUAAUUGACAGAAUGACUUGUAACUUUGCAUGUGUUCUCACAGAUGUACCAACUUGACAAAAAAAAUUGGAGCCAGUAGUGCCAUCUUUUGGUGAGAGCAGAAACUUUUUCACCAACCUGUAUAUAUUACCUUAAUAAAUCAUAAAACUUAUAAAUAGCCACAAUAAUAUCAUCCGAUUGCUUUUUUUUUUGUAGUUAAUUGUUUUCACAUCCGAUUUUACCGCUUAACAAUAAAAACCAAAUGUUAUUCUUAGCCAACAAAGUAAAUAUGAAAUCUAUAUAAAAGCUUUCCCGCUUUGGAUUCCGUUCUUCUCAUUAAAUAUUUCCUGCUGAAUCGUGGUGUUUUUAUAUUAGCUUCUCAGUGCCAGAAUGAGUGCUUUAAUUGGAAUAGAAACGCUGAUUAUAACGGCAAUUAUUCUCCUACUUUAUGCUAGUUGGCGCUUGCAGCAAAAGCAAAAAUACUAUCGCAAUGUAACUUCAAAGUUGCCUACCAUUGGUGGUAUUCCUUUUAUUGGGCAAGCCUAUCAUGUGAUUGAUAUGGGGAAAUUGCUCCAUAAAGUUAGUGCUGGGUUUGAUACUAUGAAGACAUUAACGGGUUGCGUAUGGUUGGCAACAACGCCGUAUAUCCUUACCGUCGAUGCUGAGGUUAUCAAACAUGUGACAACUUCACCAGAGUUGCUCAACAAAGCCAGAGACCUGUAUACACACUUUGACGACGGUGCAAUAAGUGGUAUCAUCGUGAGUCCAGCAAAGAAAUGGAAAACCAAUCGCAAGGCUAUAAGCCCUUUUCUUGCACAUAAUAAUAUUACUGGUUUGUUUCCUUACUUCAAUGAGAAUGCAAAAAAUUUGAAGAAUAAACUAACAAGAUUGGCUGGACAAGGUGAACAGGAUAUUUUUACAAGUAUCAAAGAAUGUGGUUUACAACUGAGUCUUUUAACCAUUAUGGGUAUAAAGGUAGAAGAAGGCAGUGAGAAGCACAAGGUAAUUCUGCAGGCAUUUAAUGGUUUUCUUGAUCAUAUGGCCAAAACCAUCGCACUUAAUUCGCUUGGCCUAGGCUUUCUUUCCCGUACUCCACAUUAUAAAAGAACUCUUAAAUACUUACGAGAGUUAGUACGAUCUCUUAUAAAAGAAAAUCUGACACAAAAUGUUGAGUCAGAGGCCAUAAACAAUUUUGAAGAGAAUAAACACUCGCUGAUUAAUUUAGCGCUAAAAGCUCUGCGCAAAGAAGUAUUUACUGAAACUGAUGUGGAAAUUGAGUCUUUCACAAUGAUUGCUGCGUCUUACGAGACCUCUGUUGGCGCAGCUUAUACUUGCCUGGUGAUGUUGGCAAUGCAUCCCGAAAUACAAGAGCGUGUUUUCCAAGAGAUACGCUCCGUGUUUCCGGACGAAAUUACAUCCGUAGAAUAUGACGAUUUGAAGAAACUUCCAUAUUUGGAUAUGUUUAUAUCGGAAGCAUUGCGUUUAGUGCCACCAAUAACCUAUAUCGGACGGCAAACUGUAAAUGACACACACGAACUUUGCCCAGGUGUAAUACUGCCUAAAAACACGCAAAUUAUUAUACCAAUUUAUGAAUUGCAUAGGCGCAAAGAAAUUUGGGGUCCGGACGCAAAUCGUUUCAAUCCGGAGAAUUUUUCGCCCGAGAACAUUGAAAAGCGUCAUCCUUAUUCUUACAUGCUGUUCUCGAAGGGUCCACGCAACUGUAUUGGCUUUCGUUAUGCUGAAAUUACGUUACGUAUCAUAUUGAUCCAUGCGGUACGAAAUCUAAAAUUUUCCACAACUUCUAAAUAUGAAGAUAUCGUUUUUAUACCAAAAGUUACAAUGACUUAUAAAAACGAACCACAAGUAAGCAUAGAGGCCAGAGCAAACUAAUUGAGAAAGAUUUUUAUUAUCAGUUAUAAAUGUAUAUAUAUGUAUUUUCUCUUGAAGAUGUAGCUAUUCACUUAAUACUGAUAUUAUAUACAGCUGUACAGUAAGCAAAUAAAUGUUAAAUUGAAUAUAUUGUA